GUGUUUCGCAAAAUUAAUAAAAACAAAAGUUUUGGCAAAACUCGUUUUUAUAAGAUCCUUUUAUUUAAGAAAUAGAAAUAUGUAUUUUAGUAAUCACAAGCCCGUAAAAAUGACGAAAUCAUCCGCGCAACAACAGAGUUCAUUUUCAAAACAACAGAAGAAAUAUAUUUGCAUAAAUUGUGGGCAUCCAAUAGCGGAACUGUAUAGGCAAUAUACAAAUACCGCGAUCAAAACAAGUCAUUGUGAAAAAUGUCACAAAGUAGCGGACAAGUACAUCGAGUUUGACCCGAUAAUAAUCUUGGUGGAUGCAAUGCUGCUAUCACAGGAGUCUUACCGCCACAUGCUGCAUAACCGGAAUUUUAAGCUAAAUUGGAAAUUGUCCCUUGUGCUGUUAUUGCUCGAAUCGUUUGCACUAUGGAGACAAAAGGGAAUCGUCAGCUUACAAAAAGAUGUGUUGCAACAUGAAAUCAUUAGUGAGAAGGGUUUCUAUAUUUGCUGCUUACAAAAUAUGAUAGAUUACGUUAUUAUCACACUAAUUUUGUUGAUUGUAGCCUGUGUACAGCGUCCAGCACUAAUUUCGUGUACAGGCAUUAACAAAUUCGCUGUAAUUCUACUAAAAGCGAUCACUAUAGCAAAUUUAUCAAAAAUGUUUCUUCUACCACUUAUUGUAUGGCGGGAAAAUACUACAGAUCUGGGCGCUAAUAUACAUCAGUUACUCGUGCUGGGCCAUCAUCUAUUAGCUUUGGUGUAUAUUUAUGCUAUAGUAGGAUCUUUUAAAAAAUUACAAGCUUUUUUGAUCAUAUUACCGGCUUUUGUAGUAAAAGAAUAUAUUAAGAGCAAUAUUUCAGUUUACUUGGAAUACUACUUUUGAAUAAAAUUAGUGUUGAACAAAAAUAGGAAAAUAUUUGUUUUUCGACUACAAUUAAGUAAAAACAUGUACGGCGUACUGCAACUUUUUUUCAAUUUACCAUAUUUCAACUCACCAAUUUCUGGUCAUACAUACAUCAAUAUGCAGGCAACAUCUGUCAUUAUAUGUACGUAUUCUAUAUUUACAUUUAUUCCUAAAAUCUCAUCAACAUUAUAGGUAUAAAAAAGAUUGUAAAACGACAGCCUACCAAUACUGCAAAGCUCGAAAGAAUAAUCACCCUCAUUGCGAGAGUCGUUUCGAAUGCAAGUCGUUUUUCGGGUGUCGAAUCGUAUCGAAAAUGUCACGUCAUUGCCUAAAGUUUCCACUCGACUAGUGUAUUAAACGCAGCACUAUAGAGUUUUCGACGAUUUUCGUGGUUUACUUAUUCCGGCACGACAGUAGACAAUGCCAAUGUUGUCGAGUCGCACAAUUUAGCCUAAUUUACGACUUACGCAAUGAGGCUGAAUAUAUUUAUGAAGUGGAAUUUAUGUUGCGCUAAUCAUUUAAACAGCGCUUAUAAAAAGUCGUUUUUUAAUAAGUAUGUAUUUAAACACUGAUGUUCAUAUAUUCUCUAAAGUUUUUUUCAAACUUUAUUCUAAUUAUUUUCUUACAUGCGCAUUUUACUAGCAUAAAUAUUUAUAUAAUUGUUAUUUUUUUGUUUGAACCGGAAAGGCAGUAAUAUGUUAUUGGCUUGUCUAUAAAAUAAUCUUCAAAAUAAAGAGUUAAAAGCGAAGCCAAUCAAACGCGGAGAACAAUUUUAGACAUCGAAACAACAGCAUUGAAUAUUUGGCUUAAUAAUGCAACAAAUUUAAGGUACCAUCCCCCUAAUAUUCACCCGCUGCAAAAAAACGAAUUGUCAUACAAAAAUUAAAUGUAUUACAUAAAAGUAAUUUAUUUCCUUUUACAUAAUUGCGUAAUUAAAAAUGUUUGUUUAUUUAUAUAUGUAUGUCUAAAGUUUAGACUAAACACAAGAAUGCAUAUAGUAUGUACAUAUGUACAUACAUACUGACAUACGCAAUUGUCUCUUAAGAUUGUUAUUUUUACUGUACUGUAUGAAUGUAUUUAGGGUUUGCUAGUCCUUUUUGAUUUAUUUACUAUGAUUUUAUAUAAUAUUUUCGCUUGGGUGCAGGAAAUCGUAUCUAAUCAUUUAAUACAUACUUAAGCUGUUGGUUAUCUAAGCUUGGUAUAUUUUUUCAACAACGGCUGUGUGCUUUUCUUGCUUAUAUGUAUGUUUAUAUGGAUUCUAUCUGUAUAACUAUUUGCCAUUUUUCUCUGAUGCGCGUAUGUAUUUAGUUUUUGUAUACGCUUAUUAAAUUUUCAUACAUAUAUAUAUAUGUACAUACAUAUGUAUGUAUUGGCUUAAGAUCAUUACUAAUGCUAUAAUUAUUGUAAAAAAAAAACUAAAAAAGGGGAAAUAGCACAGUCGAAUGCGUGGCGCACAAAAGUAAGGAUUAUACACAUUUCGUGAGUGAAUUGCUUGACAAAUUGGUUACACUCUUGUUUAAAAAAUCUGUUAUUUCUGCAUCAGUAAAAAAUUAAAACGAGAUAUUAUUUACAAUUAUUUAAAAAACGGCACAUCAGUAGCAUUGUUAUAAUUUAGCAUGUGAGCUAAGGUAACGGUGCAACGUAAAUUGAUAUUUUUCAAUAUUUAUUCGCCGAUACUAUUUUUGUAUGCCGUGUUUUGAGUUAAAAAGUAUUCAAAUUCGAAAGUAAU